UGAAGUCAACACUGCUGCCAUGUAGUCAAUUCUGGCACUUGAACUGCCAGCCUUAAUUGCUGCAUCGGUUUUUCAUUUGAAGUUUUGGACUUGGAGGAAAUGGCGGCGUUUAUUAAGCAUUUAAGCUGUGACUACUUGUUGCUGUUCGUUGCCUUGAAUCUGCUUUGGGGCGCCUCAAACUCAAUUGAAACAUCAACACGACACACAACAGCGAGCAGUGCCAAAGUCCCGACGCUUUUUACUCCCACCUUGCCAACUCCUGAAAAUGUUGCCGACGUGACGGCGCAGGACCAAAACGAAACCAGUAUAACACUCAAGUGGGAUAAGGUGAACAAUAUCUCCACAUACUUCCUGUUAUAUGAUCUCCAUGGCAACGCGAAGGAGGAGAGAGUGGACCCUUCCCCGUAUCAGACGUAUGUCACACAUGUGGUCGCUUUCCUCUCUGCUGGAAGGAAAUAUCAUUUCCGGAUCAUCACCGAGUACCUGGGAGUAAACAGCACAGGAUUUGUAUUUUCUGCUCCCACAGCCCCUGAAGAUGUUGAACAUGUGCAUGUGGUAACCCAAAGCGAGAGCAGCAUCACUCUGUCCUGGAGCAAAGUCGGCGAGAGCACAACGUACAUCCUGCAUUACGGCAACCACAGCACUCACAUCAGGGCCGACGGCUCUGCGGUCAAUCCAAAAUCCACGGUGACGUACGAGGUCCCGUCACUCGCCGCCGGGACGAAAUACAACUUCACUCUCUUCGCCGUGUUUGGGAACGUUACCAGCACCGGGUUCACCUUUGACAAAGCCACUGUGCCCUUAAUGGUGACAACAGUCCACGUGACCGAGCGUUCCGACACCGGCGUGACUCUGAUGUGGGAGACAACGGAGCUGAACUGGAGCUACUUGCUUUGCAUUGAUGGAAAAAACCUCACCGUGGCUCCAAACGGAUCGUCAAAUGUGUCCCGCUCGUUUACAUUGCGACCCGGUUCCGAGUAUCGAUUCACUCUGGUUACCUUGUUCUCCGGGCUGGCCAGCACCGCUUACAAGGGAUUCGUUGUGACAGCCAUAAACUGCGCCAAUGUGAGCUGGCAUGUCACGACCUCGUCGAUCCAAGGGACGGUCGUUGGUUCGUUCACAAACGCAACAGCCUCCAAUGGGUCUUCCUCUCAUGCGAGUCCGGAAGGUCAUCACGUGUCCUUUCGUGACCUUUAUCCGGGCGCCACCUACGAGGUGUCGUUGGAAUACCGAAAGAAUUCCGCUCACUUUUUGCAAUGUCAGCUCAAACUGACAACCGUUCCACCUGAUUUAACCGCUCAGUGUGAGUACCGGAAAUCAGGCUACUCUGUUUUCAUCGUUUGGGAUAAGCCGGACGGUUUGUGGACAGCCGUGGAGGUGAACGUGAGCGGACAAACGCACAGAGUCCAAGGUAUGAAAGAACGACAUAUCGAAAUAGGCGGAUUCCAACCGGCGAGAACGUACGCGGUGUCUCUGGCCUCACUGUCGGGGAGCGCCAGGAAGUCCAAAGCGUAUGUUUUUCAGUGUCCCACUGACCCUCGCGGCGUUAUUGCAGGCUCGGUCAUUUCUGUCUUGCUUUUUGGGGCCCUGGUGGGUUUGGCCAUUUUUGUUUUGACAAAAAGACGAACGAGCACCAGGAAGAAAAGGUCAUCAUCAGUUGGAAGCGGCACAGUUUCUACUAAAAAAUCCAAUUCCAGAGAUGUUCCUCUUGCAGCGUUCCCCGACCACUUCUACAAAUUGAGCAUGGACAAAAACAGAGGCUUCAGCGAGGAAUAUGAGGGCCUCGCUGUUAUCGGCCUGGAGCACACUCAGAAUGCCGCUCUGGUGCCGGAAAACAUGGAAAAGAAUCGCUUCACCAACGUCCUGCCGUAUGACUGGAGCCGAGUGAAACUCCAAACUACAAACGGGAACUCGGACUACAUCAAUGCCUCAUACAUGCCAGGUUACAACAGCAGCCGAGAAUACAUCGCCACUCAGGGUCCUCUGCCCUCCACGGUCGGCGACUUCUGGAGGAUGAUUUGGGAGCUGAGGGUCAACGCCAUCGUCAUGGUAACCAACUGCACCGAAGGAAGAUGGACUAAAUGUGAACAUUACUGGCCUGCACAUAACGAGACUUGCCUUCAUCAAGGGCUGAUGAUCACCACGGCAUCGGAACAGCAAGAAACCAACUGGACGUUGAGGGAAUUCCGAGUGAAACAUAAAAGCAGCACAGAAGAGAGGACAGUGAAGCAUUUCCACUUCACUGCCUGGCCCGAUCACGGAGUCCCUCAGUGUACGGAUGUCCUGAUCCAGUUCAGGGGGCUCAUUAGGCGCCACAUGGAAACAAAUGGGAGCAGAACCCCGACUGUGGUUCACUGCAGCGCGGGAGUGGGCAGGACGGGCACCAUUAUUGCCUUAGAUGUUCUGCUUCAGCAGCUGCACAGAGAUAAGGAAGUUGGAAUCAACACCUUCGUACACAACAUGAGACUGCGGCGGCCGCACAUGGUGCAGACUGAGUCCCAGUAUGUUUUCCUGCACCGGUGCAUCAUGGACUGUCUGGAGUCUCAAGGAGGUACUGAUGAAAGCAUAUACCAGAAUGCGGAUCUAAUUUAUGCAAACGCCACAGCACUACGGGAGUUUAGCAAAACAGCAGUUUGAAUCAGAACGCCACUCCAGAGGUAAUCUAUGUUGUAGGUUUUGCUGCUCCAAAAUGACUCACAAUUUAAUUCAACUUGUGCUUUGUUGAUAACAAAUAUAAAAGAAGACUUUAACUGUAUAA